AUGCUACGAUCCUCAGAUUCCGCAGUAGUACCGAUCGAGGUGGAGAUUGGAGGACCGGAACUGAGAGCCCUGUACGACCGCGCCUGUGAGGAGGGGUACACGGAGGUCUACAGUACCCGAUUUGUACUUGUAGGCAAGUUCGGUAAUGGCAAAACUAACCUGUGUAACAGCCUGCUUGGGGACGAGUUUGACCCGGAAUGGAAAAUCACUGAUGGCAUAGCGAUCCACCCAUGUGUCAUGACACAGGAACAGCAAUGGAGAAAGCUUGGAGGUCAAGAGGAUCAUUUUCCACAUGCUGUGGCAAACGUAAUGAAGAAAUUGAGGCAUGAGAGACAACGAGCAAAACAGCCUAAUUUACCAACCAGACAGAGUCAAAGUCAACCUGACUCUGACGUCAUGGACAUAACAGAGGCAAUGAAGAAGACUAGGAUUGGGAAAGAAGGUGGGAAAGAGCCUAAAUCACCCACCAGAGACAAACAAAGUCAACCAGAUGUUGACCUGCCGGACACCACAACAAUAAACAAACGUGUGGAACAAGCCCCGCAUCCACUCCCAUCUCUAGCGAAGAGACCACAGGGAACGAUCAGAGAGACAUUUCAAGCUUAUUUGAAGGCAACAAAAAUCUUCAGGAAACAGGAUGACAAAUCCAAUGUCACAGGCACAAAAGAGCACCCCCAGAUUUCUAUCUGGGAUUUUGGGGGGCAGGAGAUUUUCUACAGCACCCAGCAGGUCUUCUACACCCACCGGGCAAUCUACGGGAUGACCAUGGACCUCACCAAACCCAUCGACAAUCCUGUGGAAAUGUCUACUGAUGGUGGUCCAACUAGUCACUGCCAUAAGGAAAAAGACUUCAUCGACUAUCAUCUGGAGUCCAUACGGGCACACACGAGACCAAAAGUACUGCAGCAUGAGGUUGGACGAACUCCAGCAGCAAGGGACAUCGAACCACCUGUGAUGUUCAUCUUUACAAACAAGGACCAAGUUACCGAGGAAACCAUACAGAAGUUUCACAGUGACACAAGAAACCACCUGAAAGGUAAGGUCAUUGACAAGCAUGUUAUUGACAUGUACUUUUCAGUGGACAACACAAAACGGAACCCAGAAGAUCCAGAAGUGUCAGAACUGAGAGGAUUCAUCCUUAAUCUGGCCAGACAGCAGAGCUACAUGGGAGAGAGAAUCCCUGUCAAGUGGUUAGAGUUAAAGUCUAAGCUGCAGGACAUGUACAAGGAAGGUAGGAGAUACUGCAGCCUACAAGAAGUCAUGGAAGCAAUCGGCAGUCCGCCCAAGACAACCACACCAGAAGAGAACGCCAUCAGUAUCCUGACCUUCUGGCACCUUUGUGGCGACAUCAUCUACUUCCCGGUCCAGAACCUCCGCAACUUCGUGAUCCUGGAACCACAGUGGUUCGUGGACGUCUGCAAAACCAUUAUCACCAUCCCACAGUACCGAGAUCGUGAAGUGAAAGAUGAAUGGGAUAGGCUGCAGGAGACAGGGGAGUUGCGAGAUCACUUGAUAGAUUACGUGUGGAGUCACCGAGAAGAAGCCCUGCGGUACAACUUGAUGGAACACAAGCAAGAGCUACUGGACAUGAUGGAGAAGUUUGAUCUGGUCCUUCGAUGCUAUGGACGCAGCGGAGAGGUGAGCGGUCCAAAGUGUGAUCUCUCCGGGGAGACAACGUACUUCGUUCCAUCAUUACUCACGUCUGUGAAGGAUGAGAAGAAGCUCUACCCACCCGGUACAACAUGCAGCAAGCCGAUCUUCAUCGUGUUUGACGGCAAGUUCUGCCCAGUUGGACUGUACCAUCGGAUGGUCAUCAGCAGCAUGCGCCGCUACUUCAGCGUCAAACCACAGCUGGCGUAUGCGUCAUGUACAAAGUUCAUUACAAAUAACCUUAAGAGGCAGACCUUUAUCCUCACAAAGGAAAAGUUCUUCCUGAAGGUUGAAUUGGUGUCUUCAGUGAAGGAUGAGACAAGCUGCUUCAGUCAUGGCCCGAGCGUGAGGGAAGGUCUGGAGGAAGAUCUGAAGGACAUCAUCAGCAAGUGGGUCCCAGGAAUCCGGUACAAGUGGUGCGUCAGGUGCUGCUGUGAGGGCCACAGGGAGAAGGAAGAUGCUGACAGUUUCCUCCCUAUUGACGAACUCAGCGCUACCGAACACUUCAAGAGCGGUGAAAUCGUCUGUGAGACGUACGCACCUGCAACUACAACCGUCAAAGAAGCUGGCCUUUCCGACUGGUUCCGAAACCCACUGCCGCAAACUGCAGAUGAAACGUUAACUCAUCCAGGAUGCCUACCGUCAGUUUCACAGGACUACUUUCACCUGGUUGUGAGGGAGGUGUGUCCAAGAUGGAGAGAGCUCGCCUUCCGCCUCAACCUCUCAUCUGCAAAUGUUGAGGAAAUCGAGGUGCGACAUCGGGGAGACCCACGGAAGUGCUGCAGGGCUGCCUGCGACCGCUGGGUUCAGCUGAACGGCAGCAGUGCGACGGUGGAAGUGCUGAAAGACGCGCUCAUCUCCAUCGGAGAGGUGCCGACGGCAGAGAAUAUCGAGGACUUGCAACAGGCAGGAGUAUACUCACGACAGUCAACACAACUGCAGACAGGUCAUUGGAGUGCAAGCGCAGAAAGCUGUUUCGCCAUAAUCGUGGAAGAUGUGUGCCCACGCUGUACAGAACUCAGCCGCCAUCUUGGACUUACAGCAACACAAGUUGACGAGAUCGCCGGGCGGCAUAACGGGGACCCACGAGAGUGCUGCCUGGAAGCCCUGAAGCUUUGGUACUUUAUCAAUGGUAGUGAUGCAAGUAAAGAGAGACUGAGUGAUGCUCUUAUCUCUGCUGAAGAGAUAGCCACAGCAGAGAAGCUGGAUGCACUAGCACUGUAG